GUGACGUCUCCGAAUGUUGUUGUUGGUGGCGGCGGCGAGCGGAGCCGGAGGAGCCGCCGCAAAGAUGGAGGAGCCGUCGGGGAGGCGCUGCCGCUGCUGCCGCCGCCGCUGCUGUCGCCGCCCCCCGCGAAGCCGAAGCUCCAGCCACAGGGGGGAUGCCGUGCUGAGUGCCUGACUGCCUCGCCCGGAAGCAUGGCCUCGGAUGGGCGUUAGAGGCACAGCGGCCCCGGGCUCCCGUCCCGUCCGUCUGUCUGUUAUCGUCUGUCUGUCUCGACAUCAUCGCAGCUCCGUCCCCUCCCGUCCCGGCCCCCAGCGCCAGCUCCCUGCAGGCCCAGAGCCGGCAUGAACUCUCCCACCGAGUCGGCAGAUGGGAUGUCAGGCCGGGACCCACCCCUGGAAAUCCUGCCUCGGACCACUCUGCACGGCAUCCCUGUGGCAGAAACAGUCUGAGAAGUGGUCCACAGGCCUCACUGGACUGCCAAAGGGGUCCAGGAAACGUCAGGAGCCAUUAACGCUGGCCCUGACUAGCACCUCUUGAGAUUCCCCCAGGCCCCGUGCCGAGCUGCUCCGCGCGCACGUGCUCUCCUGAGCUGGACAGCUCUGGGAGUGGAGGUGAAGCCGGUGUUGCCAGGAGCCAUGCCCAGCUCAAUGGGGGGCGGGGGCGGAGGCAGCCCCAGCCCCGUGGAGCUGCGGGGCGCUCUGGCAGGUCCCGUGGACCCUGCGCUGCGGGAGCAGCAGCUGCAGCAGGAGCUCCUGGCGCUCAAGCAGCAGCAGCAGCUGCAGAAGCAGCUCCUAUUCGCUGAGUUUCAGAAACAGCAUGACCACCUGACACGGCAGCAUGAGGUCCAGCUGCAGAAGCACCUCAAGCAGCAGCAGAUGUUGGCAGCCAAAAGGCAGCAGGAGCUGGAGCAGCAGCGGCAGCGGGAGCAGCAGCGGCAGGAGGAGCUGGAGAAGCAGCGGCUAGAGCAGCAGCUGCUCAUUCUGCGGAACAAGGAGAAGAGCAAAGAGAGUGCCAUCGCCAGCACUGAGGUGAAGCUGAGGCUCCAGGAGUUCCUCCUGUCGAAGUCAAAGGAGCCCACGCCAGGCGGCCUCAACCAUUCCCUCCCGCAGCAUCCCAAAUGCUGGGGAGCCCACCACGCUUCUUUGGACCAGAGUUCCCCUCCCCAGAGUGGCCCCCCUGGGACGCCUCCCUCCUACAAACUGCCUUUGCUUGGGCCCUACGACAGCCGUGACGACUUCCCCCUCCGCAAAACAGCCUCUGAACCCAACUUGAAGGUGCGUUCGAGGCUAAAGCAGAAGGUGGCUGAGCGGAGAAGCAGUCCCCUCCUGCGCCGCAAGGAUGGGACUGUCAUCAGCACCUUUAAAAAGAGAGCUGUUGAGAUCACAGGCGCCGGGCCUGGGGUGUCCGCGGUGUGCAACAGCGCGCCCGGCUCCGGCCCCAGCUCUCCCAACAGCUCCCACAGCACCAUCGCUGAGAACGGCUUUACUGGCUCAGUCCCCAACAUCCCCACCGAGAUGCUCCCCCAGCACCGGGCCCUCCCUCUGGAGAGCUCCCCCAACCAGUUCAGCCUCUACACGUCUCCCUCUCUGCCCAACAUCUCCCUAGGGCUGCAGGCCACGGUCACUGUCACCAACUCGCACCUCACUGCCUCCCCCAAACUGUCGACACAGCAGGAGGCCGAGAGGCAGGCCCUCCAGUCCCUGCGGCAGGGCGGCGCACUGACUGGCAAGUUCAUGAGCACAUCCUCUAUCCCUGGCUGCCUGCUGGGCGUGGCCCUGGAGGGCGACACGAGCCCCCACGGGCACGCCUCCCUGCUGCAGCACGUGCUGCUGCUGGAGCAGGCCCGGCAGCAGAGCACGCUCAUCGCUGUGCCGCUCCACGGGCAGUCCCCACUGGUGACGGGCGAACGAGUGGCUACCAGCAUGCGGACGGUGGGCAAACUCCCGAGGCACCGGCCCCUGAGCCGCACUCAGUCCUCGCCGCUGCCCCAGAGCCCCCAGGCCCUGCAGCAGCUGGUCAUGCAGCAGCAGCACCAGCAGUUCCUGGAGAAGCAGAAGCAGCAGCAGCUGCAGCUGGGCAAGAUCCUCACAAAGACUGGGGAGCUGCCACGACAGCCCACCACGCACCCCGAGGAGAUAGAGGAGGAGCUGACGGAGCAGCAGGAGGCCUUGCUGGCGGAGGGAGCCCUCGCCAUACCCCGGGAAGGCUCCACGGAGAGCGAGAGCACGCAGGAAGACCUGGAGGAGGAGGAGGAAGGGGAGGAGGAAGAGGAGGAGGAGGAGGAGGACUGCAUCCAGGUCAAGAAUGAGGAGGGCGAGAGUGGUGCCGAGGAGGGACCCGACUUGGAGGAGACCAGUGCUGGUUACAAAAAGGUGUUCUCAGACGCCCAGCAGCUGCAGCCCCUACAGGUGUACCAGGCGCCCCUCAGCCUGUCCACUGUGCCCCACCAGGCCCUGGGCCGAACCCAGUCCUCACCUGCUGCUCCUGGGGGCGUGAAAAGCCCCCCAGACCAACUCACCAAGCACCUCUUCACCACAGGCGUGGUCUACGACACGUUCAUGUUGAAGCACCAGUGCAUGUGUGGGAACACGCACGUGCACCCCGAGCACGCCGGCCGGAUCCAGAGCAUCUGGUCGCGGCUGCAGGAGACUGGCCUGCUCAGCAAGUGUGAGCGGAUCCGGGGGCGCAAAGCCACGCUGGAUGAGAUUCAGACGGUGCACUCCGAGUACCACACCCUGCUCUACGGGACCAGCCCCCUCAACCGACAGAAGCUGGACAGCAAGAAGCUGCUCGGCCCCAUCAGCCAGAAGAUGUACGCCAUGCUGCCUUGUGGGGGCAUCGGGGUGGACAGUGACACUGUAUGGAAUGAGAUGCACUCCUCCAGUGCCGUGCGCAUGGCGGUGGGCUGCCUGGUGGAGCUGGCUUUCAAGGUGGCGGCAGGAGAGCUCAAGAAUGGGUUUGCCAUCAUCCGGCCCCCAGGACACCACGCUGAGGAAUCCACAGCCAUGGGAUUCUGCUUCUUCAACUCUGUAGCCAUCACAACCAAACUCUUGCAGCAGAAGCUGAAUGUGGGCAAGGUUCUCAUCGUGGACUGGGACAUCCACCACGGCAACGGCACCCAGCAGGCGUUCUACAACGACCCCUCCGUGCUCUACAUCUCCCUGCACCGCUACGACAACGGGAACUUCUUUCCAGGCUCGGGGGCUCCCGAAGAGGUUGGCGGAGGGCCGGGCGUGGGGUACAAUGUGAACGUGGCAUGGACGGGAGGUGUGGACCCCCCCAUCGGAGACGUGGAAUACCUAACAGCCUUCAGGACAGUGGUGAUGCCCAUUGCCCACGAGUUCUCACCUGACAUGGUCCUAGUCUCCGCCGGGUUUGAUGCUGUUGAGGGACACCUGUCUCCGCUGGGUGGCUACUCUGUCACCGCCAGAUGUUUUGGCCACCUGACCAGGCAGCUGAUGACGUUGGCGGGGGGCCGGGUGGUGCUGGCCCUGGAGGGAGGCCACGACUUGACCGCCAUCUGUGAUGCCUCUGAGGCCUGUGUCUCAGCUCUGCUCAGCGUGGAGCUCCAGCCCUUGGACGAGACCGUCUUACAGCAGAAGCCCAACGUCAACGCGGUGGCCACGCUAGAGAAAGUCAUCGAGAUCCAGAGCAAACACUGGAGUUGCGUGCAGAGGUUUGCCGCCGGCCUGGGUCGUUCCCUGCGGGAGGCCCAGGCGGGUGAGGCGGAGGAGGCCGAGACUGUGAGCGCCAUGGCCUUGCUGUCGGUGGGGGCCGAGCAGGCCCAGGCUGCUGCAGCCAGGGAGCACAGCCCCAGGCCAGCAGAGGAGCCUAUGGAGCAGGAGCCUGCCCUGUGAUACCCUGGCCCCCAUCCCUCUGGGCUUCAUCAUUGUGAUUUUGUUUAUUUUUUCUAUUAAAAACAAAAAGUCACACAUUCAA